UGAACGCUUGCCAGACGUCUAUGAUCUGCUCCACUGAAAACCGACUGAUUUGAAGGCUGGAAAGCACGUGGUAGAUCUCGGAUGACGUAGUUGGCCAGAUCUCCAGCCAGAUCUAGCGAAGUCGCGCAGAUUGCAGAUGCGUUGAUAAUAAAGCUGGAAGUGCCUUGUACGGUUCGUCCAUCAUGAAACAGCGCUGCCGCUUGCUUAGAUUUGGAAGCUAUGGCACCGAUACUGCACAUCAUGCGCCAUGGGCAGGGUUAUCACUCCGAAGCCGUCAACAAGAAUGGUCACGAGAUAAGGGACCCGUGGUUGACGCCCAAAGGCGUGGAGCAGUGCCAUGAAAGAUGCAAGAGCUUCGCAAGACACGACCAAGUAGAGCUAUUGCUCGCAUCGCCACUACGCAGGGCGCUCCAGACUUGCGCGCUUUCCUUUGCGCCGGUCCUUGAUAAGAGCAUCAAGAUAAUUGCCCUUCCGAUGGCCGAAGAAGCUUCCGAUGCUCCGUGUGACACAGGGAGCCCGCUAGAAGUGCUGCGCAAGGAUUUCCCUCAGCACGUUGAUUUCGACCAUAUCAAAUACGGUUGGUUCCAUCACGACGGCGAGUAUGCCAUAGAUCCGAAAGCGUUGAAUGCUCGUGCAGCAAAGCUCAGAAGAUGGAUCCGAGACAGGUCAGAGAAGGAAGUCGUGCUUGUCAGUCAUGGCUUCUUCAACCACUACAUGACGGGUGAUGUCAACGAGAAAGGCGAACAAACGACGCCGUGGUGGCAGGAGACUGAGCUGAGAACCUUCACCUUCCUCGAGGAUCGUGAGGAUGCCAUGAUUGAGGAGACUGACAAGUCGCUGUUGGGCAGGGGUGCGGUGAAGGAUGGUCUCAUCAUCAACAGGCCAGAGCUGCGUGGCAAAGAUCGCUAAACUCCGGCGCACUUUGUCGUAACGCGAGUUCAGGUCAUCUU